UAAUUCAACAUGGAGCCCCAAUCAUUUUGUUCCACUUAUGUCACGACUGAUUCAACAUGAGCAUGACAAUAAUAAUCAAUUAGCGUCAGUUCUUGCGACUCCUGAAAAGAAAACAUUUAAGAACAAUGCUGCUAUCCAGAUACGAAUUCCUGAGUUUCAAUCAUCUUCUAGCAGACGUUUACGAAGUGAAAGUAACAUAGACACUGAUUCUUCUCAAUCGAGCAUGUCUGAUACAAUGUUGUACGAUCAGAAUGACAAAGAAGAACAACGUCAAAUUCGUCUUGAAAAGAAAAGAGAACGAGUUCGAUCAAGUCGACUGAACGCAACCGAAGAAGAGCGCCAAAAUCGACUGAGGGGAGAAAGGCACCGCAGUCAAACUAGUCGAAAGAAUGCAACAGAAGAACACCGUCUUAAUCGACUCGAACAGCAGAGAAAACGAAGUCAAGCAAACAGAGAAAAAAAGAAAAAUGAAAAACGCAUGUCCGAUAAUAUUAGUGUUCAGCAACAAACUACUCAGAUGCAAUCUGCUGGAUCGGAAGAAGUCACAUUACAAGAUGGUAUUAAUAUAUCUCAUUCUACAUCAAAUGCAAAUAUCUUACCGAAAAUUAGAAAUGCGACUUCUUCUUGGCCUGAACCAAUUUCUCGUGAUUUGAAAGAAGGAUGUCUCAAAAAAUUUCUCCAUCAAAUGUCCAUGUCAGCACUAGCCGAAACUACGUGUGCAGUUUGUAACAUUCGAAGUCCCAUGCAAAAGUCGAAAUCAGUACCUGUCUCAAAAAUUACUAGCAAUGAAUUACUCAAAGUUUCAGACGAAACUAAAGCUCUGAUCAUGGGCUCCCACUUAUCGAAUUUACAGUACAUAAAUGAAGACACCGUAACUACUAUUAAAGCUGAUGGUAUACAAACGACUGAUCAUGCUCAAACUUCCACGUCACCAUCUUUUUAUUGUGAAAAUAAUAUUAUUUUAUAUACUAGUGGCUUAUUUCAACAGAACAAGAAGAAUAUGUGCACACUCUGUCAAAACUGCCAUGAUGUUUUAUCGAAAAAACACAUUCCUAAAUUUUCUGUUGCCAAUGGUAUGUGGUUUGGUGACAUACCUGCUGUACUACAAGGCUUAACAAUUCCAGAAGAAAAGCUAAUAUCACUUUAUCGUCACAAUAGCUAUAUAAUAAAACUUCAAUCACCUUUUCAUUCAGCUACAACUUCACAAACAGCUUUAAAAGGCAACUGUAUUACUUUUCUGCAAAAUGUACCGGACAUUGUCAGCAGUCUACCACUUAAACUCAAAGAUUUAUGUAAUACGAUAAAAGUCAUUUUUGUUGGCUCUCUUCCUCCUCAACGUAUUCAUCUUAGAAAAAUUUUAACAAUGCAAGGGGGUAACAGCGGACUUCAAGACUUCAAGACUUCAAAGACUUCAACAAGGGAGACUUCAAUUUUUCAAAAGACUUCGAAAGACUUUCAAAGAUUUCAGAAGACUUCGAUAGACUUUAAAAGAUUUCAAAGAAUUCGGAAGACUUCGAUAGACUUCAACAGACUACAAGAGACUUUAAGAGACUUUAAGAGACUUCAAUGGACUUCAUAGACUUCAAAAGACUUCGCAGAUUUUAGAAGACUUUAUAAACUUCAAAAGAUUUCAAAAGACUUCACAGGCUUCAAAGACUUCAAGUGAUUUCUAAACACUUCACGAGAGUUCAUGAGACUUCAUAAGACUUUACGAGACUUCAUAAGACUUCGCAAGACUUCGCAAGACUUCAUAACACUUCAUAAGACUUCAUUAGACUUCAUAACACUUCAUAAGACUUCAUUAAACUUCAGGCGUGAAGUCUCUGUUGUUUCCCCCUCGAUUGUAACAGAAUAAUAUCUGUGAAAAUAUGACAUUUUCUUUAAUUUUCUCGUGAAAUAUAUGCAUCCCUGACAAUUCUAGAAGACAUCAUGAGACUUCACGAGACUUCAUGAGACUUCAUGAGACUUCGCAAGACUUCAUCAGACUUCGUGAGAUUUCUUAAGACUUCAUGAAAUUUCAAAGACUUCUAGAGACUUCAUAUGACUUCAAGACUGUCUCCAGAGUUCAACAGACUUCGUGAAACUUCACAAGACUUCAAGAGACUUCAAGACUUCAUGCAUGAAGUCUCUGUUGUAUACCCCUUGUAACAAUGCGAAAGAAAAAAAUUAUUCAGGCUUUGCAAUGGUUGAAGAAAUAUAAUAUUCUCUAUC